AUGUCUACCUCCGUGAUAAGCAGCUUUUUCCCCAUCGGGCCCGUGUCCUCUGCUCUGAUGCGUUCAACUUCUGCUGCUGCCACCGGUGACAAGCCCAGCCCCCCAGCCAAGGGGGCCUUCUCCUCAGACAGCGACAUGGACAAAGAGAAGGAGCUGGCCCAGUCCAAGAGCCGGCAGCAGGCCUCUCUGUCUCGCUUGGUGGACGAGUUCUUCUGGAUAGGGAGCAGCAUUGUGGCCUUCUCCAAGUGGAGGCUUGGCUUCAUGGUGGAGAAAUGCAUGACUUCCAUGCAGACGGGAACCCAGAUGGUGAAACUCCGUGGCGGUUCCAAGGGACUGGUGCGUUACUUCUAUCUGGACGAGCACAAGUCCUGCAUCCGCUGGAGGCCGUCCCGCAAGAAUGAGAAGGCCAAGAUCUCGAUUGACUCCAUCCGGGAGGUGUGUGAGGGCAAACAGUCAGAGAUCUUCCAGCGUUAUGCCGAGGGCAGCUUUGACCCAAACUGUUGCUUCAGCCUGUACUACGGUGAGCACAUGGAGUCCCUGGACCUGGUGUCAAGCACCGGCGAGGAGGCGCGCACCUGGAUCACCGGCCUCAAAUACCUGGUGGCUGGCAUCAGUGACGAGGACAGCCUGGCCAAAAGGCAGCGCACGCGCGACCAAUGGCUGAAGCAGACGUUUACAGAGGCGGACAAGAAUGGUGACGGUAGCCUGAGUAUCAGCGAGGUUCUGCAUCUCUUGCACAAGCUCAAUGUCAACCUGCCCCGACAGAAGGUCAAGCAGAUGUUCAAGGAGGCAGACACAGACGACAACCAGGGUACGCUGGGCUUCGAGGAAUUCUGCUCCUUCUACAAGAUGAUGUCCACCCGCAGGGAUUUGUACCUGCUCAUGCUCACCUACAGCAACCACAAGGACCACCUAGACGCUGACGACCUGGCCCGCUUCCUGGAGACGGAGCAGAAGAUGACCAAGGUGACCAAGGACCACUGCUUGGAGAUUAUCAACAAAUUCGAGCCAUGCUCUGAAAACCAGAAACAGGGGGUCCUGGGUAUUGAUGGGUUUACCAACUACAUGCGCAGUCCAGAGGGGGACAUCUUCAACCCGGAGCACUAUGAGGUGAACCAGGACAUGAGCCAGCCACUGUGCAACUACUUCAUUGCCUCCUCCCACAACACCUACCUGAUGGGUGACCAGCUCAUGUCCCAGUCCAGGGUGGAUAUGUAUGCCUGGGUGCUGCAGGCUGGCUGCCGCUGUGUGGAAGUUGACUGCUGGGACGGGCAAGAUGGUGAGCCCAUCGUCCAUCACGGCUACACCCUCACCUCCAAGAUUCUCUUCAAAGAUGUCAUUGAGACCAUCAAUAAGUACGCCUUUGUCAAAAACGACUACCCAGUCAUCCUGUCCAUAGAGAACCACUGCAGUGUGGCCCAGCAGAAGAAAAUGGCUCAGUACCUGAUGGAGAUCCUGGGAGAGAAGCUGGACCUGUCCAGCAUCAAAGCUGAAGAGUCAGGCUGCCUGCCCUCUCCUGAAACCCUUAAGGGCAAGAUCCUUGUCAAGGGUAAGAAGCUGCCUCCCAACAUUGACGAGAAUGCAGAGGAGGGAGACGUGUCGGAUGAGGAUAGCGCUGACGAGAUGGACGACGACUGUAAGCUGAUGAACGGAGAUACCACGGCAAACAGAAAGCAGGUGGAAAACGUGGCCAAGAAAAAGCUGGACAACCUGAUGAAAGAAUCCAAGAUCAGAGACCGAGAGGAUCCUGACAGUUUCACCAUCGCUGCCCUGCCGUCCACAGGAAAGCCCACAGACCAGGCCGGCCUCAAGGGCAAAGGUGACGAUGGGACAGACACAGCUGACGAAGCCAACCCCAGCAACAACAAGCGUGCUAGCCGUUCCUUCAUGGGUACUUUCGCCAAACACAAGAAAAAGACAUCCAAGCUGAAGAAGACAUCCAGCUUUGAAGACACAGAUACUGACCAAGAAAGCACUAGCAGCGCAUCCCGUGUCCCCCUACACCAUAGCAAGAAGAAGAAGACUAUGAAGCUAUCUAGAGCUCUGUCUGACCUGGUCAAGUACACCAGGUCAGUGGGCCUCCAGGAUAUUGAAGCACAAGACAGCUGCAGUUGGCAGGUGUCCUCCCUGAGUGAGACCAAGGCACAUCAGCUCAUGCAGCAGAAACCCAACGCUUUAAUCCACUUUAACCAGCGACAGCUUUCCCGCAUCUACCCGUCCUCAUACCGCGUAGACUCCUCCAACUUCAACCCCCAGCCCUUCUGGAACGCCGGAUCCCAGCUCGUUGCGCUGAACUACCAGUCAGAGGGUCGGGUCCUCCAGCUGAACAGGGCCAAGUUUUACAGCAACGGCAACUGUGGCUACAUCAUCAAGCCUGUUCUGAUGUGUGAAGGUGCCUUUAACCCCAACUUGGAAGAUCCCCUGCCAGGUCAGAUGAAGAAACAGCUGGUCCUGAAGAUCAUUAGUGGACAGCAGCUGCCCAAGCCCAAAGACUCCAUGCUUGGGGAUAGGGGAGAGAUCAUUGAUCCUUUUGUGGAGGUGGAGAUCAUUGGCUUGCCCGUGGACUGCUGCAAGGAGCAGACCAGGGUGGUGGACGACAAUGGCUUUAAUCCUAUGUGGGAGGAGACUUUAGUCUUCACCCUGCACAUGCCCGAGCUGGCCCUUGUACGCUUCCUGGUUUGGGACCAUGACCCCAUCGGGCAAGACUUCAUCGGCCAACGCACCAUCGCCUUCAGCAGCAUGAUGCCAGGUUAUCGCCACGUGUAUUUGGAAGGUAUGGAGGAGGCCUCCAUCUUUGUUCAUGUAGCUGUAAAUGACAUCACUGGUAAGUGGACCCCUCUUUGUCCAAACGCUGCAUUUAGAGGGCAGGAAUUUUUAGGAGCCUUGAACCUGCCACUCGUAACUCAGGCCAGGGCAGCCAGCGGCAUAAAAGGGCUGUUUCACAGAAAUCCAAAGCAAGCUUCCCUGGACAGCCAUGCUGCUGCACAGCACAGCCGUAAGCACCCAUUCGGCGCCCACCUCCUGCGCCGCACGGCCAGUGCACCCACCAAGGGUCAGCCGAAAAUCAAAGAGGGCUUUCCAGAGAUUGCCAUCGACACCAAAGACAACAGCUCAGAGGGCGUCAGCGACGACAGAGAGUCUGAGGAUAGGGACAAGGCCACUGCUGCUGCCUCCCAAGUGCCGACGCCACCACACCACCGCAACGGAGACACACUGGCAUCACGCCAAGCCAUAGGCACCUGGGAUCAUCCUGACACCAACGGGGCUUUCCACCCUAAGGAGGGCAAAGGUAGUGCUGCAGCGCAGAGACCAGCUUCCCCUCCUCCACCACCUCCAACAGUCUCUGAAGAACCCAGGGACACUUCUCUUAUUCGCUCUGUCUCCACUCCAGUUGACAAACCAUCUUCAUCUCGUCCCCCACUUCUAUCAUCCUCAGCAAUAAUGACAGAAUCCCCGUCGUCCGUUCCGUCAAGAAGGGUGGUGGACAGUACUGUCAAAGUGACUACAAACUCUACAAAAACCCUGAGCCUACCCAUUUCAUUUCCCCCAACACCCCUUUCCCUUCAGGGUCCAGCCUCCAAAACUGUCCCGACACGAAGCACACAAGACCCCUGGGUAAGCAAAGGCAACCCGCCAUCCAUGGUGCAUAUACCAAGCAAGAUGGAAGCCUGCCAAACUGAGACAGACAAAUGGAAGAAUAACACAGAGCUGAACUCUGACCACAAAGUGGAGCUACCUGGAACACCUUCUCCUGCUGACCCUCCUCUCGUCCCUGUCACUCAGAGAACCCAUGUCAGGAGAGCACUGUAUGGCACCCCGUCACAACCCACACCAGUAAGGCGGGCAAAAAGUGAGGGACAUGUGCGGGUAGCCACUUCUACGGUUAAACCAGACCAUUCAGCCGUGCCGGAGGUAUGCAUAGAUGCCACAGUGAAUGACCAGCUGUGGCGCAAGCUUGACCCAGGAAGUCAUCGAGACAGUAUGUCCUCCUCUUCUAGUGUCUCAUCCAGUGACACCAUCAUUGAUCUGUCUCUGCCCAACCUUGUCAGAAUGCCAACAGCAAGCAGCACCUCUGACCCUCCUUGGGUUAGCCGCCAUCGAUCAGCCACAGUCUCAUUUGACCACGGGUGGGUCAGCAAGAGCAAGUCAAACCCCAAUCUCCGGCAGGGGGAGCUUCCAGAAGAUGAGCUACUGUCCCGUCCCCUGGGUACACCACGGGAAGCCUCUGUGGAAUCGCCCAAGAGACUGACCCAAAGGAGACACACAUGGAGUCGGCUCUAUAUGGAUGGGCUGAAACAGUCAUCUGCUGCUGCUUCCUCUGCCAACAGACCCUCCGUGGCAGCUACAGCCCCAUCUGCCAUGGCCUCCAUGUCCAAGAGUCUGGGGGACCUGACCUCUGACGAUAUUGCGUGUAACUUUGACAGCAAAUACCGCAGUAUAAGCCGUAGUUUCAUUGUCAGGCCCACCAAGGACCAGCAUCGCAAAGACAGCCCAAAUAAAUAUGGGCCAAAAAGUGACCUGACAGAGCAGCUGCGGAGGCUGACAGAUGUGGAGCCACUGACAGCUAGCGACUUUGCCCCGAAAGCAAUGCAUAGAGAGUCCCAGGCGGAAGUUAUUGAUGAGCCCUUGCUGCGGAGGACAUCCUCAAGGAGCCAAAGCAGAGUGCGAUACAUAGCUAACAGGGCCAAGCAGGCUCUAGAAAGGCAGAGGCUACAGGGCCUGAUCCAGAGCAGAAAUGGAAGCAUUAGCAUUAGCGGUAGCAUUAGUAGCGGCAGUAGCGCUAGCCCUAUUGAGGAGCGGGGGAACCCUGAGGGUGCGUGCUGCGUGACCCGGAGCCCCUGCGCCAGCAUGGAUCUGCUGAGUCAACUCAACGCCCCUGAGACCCCCUCCCCAAGACCGUCCCAGUCCUUCCCAGACACUGACAACAACGAAGUCUUUUUCAUGCUUAAGCUCUAACAAUGCUUUGACUCACUUGGAAUUGAGACUGUACCAGAAGCCCAUUUGAAACGCCACCCAGUGCAAAUCUUUUUAGGAGAAAUAAAGUUGUGUGUCUUGAAACCUGUUGCUGAAAGUGCGUCACCACACACAUUUCCAUAUCUUACAUGAAACUCUGUUCAGCUGUAUUAGAUACAUUACUGAUGAACUUUAAUGUGAUUGUUUAAGGACAUGCAAGGUUCCAUUUUUUUAGCUAAGCCAAUGCCAUAUAGAUGUAGUCUCU